GAUGCACAAGACAUUGACGACGUCGAGCAAGAAAAUCCCCGGCCGACGGCGCGAGGCUUACAAGACAUUAUUACAAGCUCGUACUCCGGUCACAGAUAGGCGCAGUAAAAGCUCGGCCUUCCGCAGCGCCCGGAAUGCUUCCGCAGCGCCAGCAGGCAUCGCGACAGCACUUUGUCACGGACAUUUGACCUGUCCAAAAAUGGCCACCUGCACGCUCACGUAUGGCAACGACACGCACUCCUUCCCCCUGGAUUCCAGCGGUGCGAGCUAUUUUAAGCUCUUGCGUGAGGCGCGCGCCGCCUUCGCGCUUGACAACGUUGGGAUUAGGAUCAAGGCCGCGCCGGGCCGCUUGAGUGCAGUUCCCAUGCUCAAAAAAGCAGAACUCACGGACGGCGCCGUCGUGUUUUUGGACGAUUACGGGCUCGAUUACGAGCUCUUACGCUCCGGUUACGGGCUCUACACGCUCGAGGAGUCCCGAGGCACGUGCGUAGAACACAUCCACUGGUUCGAAUCGCCCCAACUAGUGGUCGAGACCCCCGUGCUCGGGCCGCCGGACCAGUCGGGCUCGACCCUCCACGCCACCUCCGCCCCGACCUCGUCGCCGGUGACGGGCACCUUUCAGAUCUACGUAAAGACGCUGACGGGCAAGGCCCUCACGCUGCGGGUGACGAGCUCGUCGACGAUUGACGACGUAAAGCAGAAGAUCCAGGACAAGGAGGGCAUCCCGCCCGACCAGCAGCGCCUCGUCUUCGAGGACAAGCAGCUCGAGGACCGCGGGACGCUGCGCGACUACAACAUCCAGCCGAAGUUGACCCUCCACCUCAUUCUCCGCUUGCGCGGCGGCAUGUACACCCCGCCAUCGGCGCAGGGCGGCCUCCCCAAGACGUUCACGGUCAUGACUCCGAGGGGCGGCGAGCACGAGGUCACGUGGACCUUCGAGAGCCUGGACGACGUCAUCGAGCGCGUGCGGAAGAUGGACGAGGAGGAAUACGCCUGCGAGCGGCGCGCGGGCGAGGACGACGCGGCCUACAUCGCGCGGCUCAAGGCCCUGGCGGAGGGCUGGCGGCGGGAGGCGAGGGAGAUAGGCGCGGAGGAGGCGAAGAGCGCGUGAGGCGCGGCGCCGGCCUUGGCGGAGGCCGAGCUCGUGGCGCUGCUGCGGCGCGAGGACGCGGCGCGGCGGGCGCCGGAGACGCAGAGGCGGAUGGAGGAGGCGGAGCGGCGCGGCACGAGCGACUGGAUCGAGGUCGCGACGGCGGUGCAGCGGCGCGUCGCGCGCGAGUCGUUGCCGGCCGGCGCGAGCGAGGGAGACGUGGACGCGCGGGUUACGGCGGUGCGGUACGCGGCGCAGCGCCACCCGGAGUGUUGUCAUUGGGUGCGCUUCAACCGCGCGCGUGUCGGCGAUUUGCGGGAGGGCGACGCGGCGCCGGAUUGUAAGCUUUGGCAUCUCGAUGGCGCGGCGACGUCGCUGCUCGCGGACCGUGACGAGGCUAAGCCGCUCGUCGUGGUCUCGGGCUCGCUCUCGUGACCGCCCUUCCGGCGCAUCGCGCCGGAGAUCGACGCC